AUGAAGGAUGCUAAUCCUUAUAUCAUUGGUGGGGAUUUCAACUGUAUUUUGAACAAGGAGGAGAAUAGAGGAGGUAAGAGGUUAUUAUUUUCAAAAGGACCGAGAGAUAUGAAACAGUUUAUGACAAACUCAGAUUUUCAUGAUGUGAGAAGCAUUGGACCAAGGUUCACUUGGUCCAACAACAAAGAAGGAGCCUCUCAGAUAUGGGAAAGAUUGGAUAGAUGUUUGGUGAACUCGGUUGCUCUCCAAAGAAUUCCUUCAGCUCUUACUAGGCAUCUAGCAAGAGUGGCAUCGGAUCAUAGUCUAAUUGCUUUUAAAUUGGAUGAGAGGAUACGUCCCAAGAUGAAGAAUAUCAAAUUUGAGGAUACUUGGAGGUCCUAUCCAGCGGCUAGAAGGAUAGUGUAUCAUUCUCGGAAGAAGAAUGAUUUUGGUGAUAAAAGUGAUAUCCUUCAGAGGAAUACUAGUAGAACAUUGAAAGCAUUGUUUUUUUGGAGCAAAAAUAAGUGCAAAAAUCUGAAUACACGCAAGGAAGAUUUGAAAAAGAAAAUUCUUGAUCUCCAAAACAGAGAAGCUGUGGGUGUAGAUUGGACUAAUGAGGAUCUUCUUUUUCUUAGAAGCAAAGUUCACGAGCUCAAUGUGACUUUGAAUCGGUUAGCUACAAGGUGGAAUCAAAGGGAAAAAGCUAGAUGGCAUGAAGAAGGAGACAUUAUAUAA